GAGCAUUUCAUGCCUAUACUAUAUAUACCACAUCUUCAUGUGCCAUUAUAGAUUACCGCCAAGUUUGAAAUCCAAUCAAAUCGAAAUCCAAAGAAGAAUACAUGGAGGGGAAGAGACAGGGGAUGAAUGAGCAAGAGGGAAGAGACCGGGAAGCUCGGUACAGGGGGAUUCGAAGACGGCCAUGGGGUAAAUUUGCUGCAGAGAUUCGAGACCCUUCAAGAAAUGGGGCUCGCCUUUGGCUUGGAACAUUUAAUACAGCAGAAGAGGCUGCAAGGGCUUAUGACAGAGCCGCUUUCGCUUUCCGUGGCCAUUCAGCCAUUCUCAACUUUCCCAAUGAAUUCCGGUAUCAGAACUCCAACUCCUUGCCAGCUUCUUCUUCUUCCCUUCCUGGUGCUGUCAUUGAAAUUGAAAAUGGUUUGGGUACAAGGCAAGAACGUGAAGUUAUAGAGUUUGAGUAUUUGGACGACAAGUUGUUGGAAGAGCUCCUUGGUAUAGAAGAGAAUGGACAGGGAAACAACACCCAAUAAUUUUUAAUUAAGAGUUCUUCACUAAUUUGUUUCAUUUUAAUUCUUUCUCUAAUUUUUGUUAUUUUAUGUAAAAUUGCAGCACUUUGAAGUUCUUCUUGGUUCUUGUUCUUUGAUUAUUCCACUUUGAAGCUUAACUUUUUUUGGCCAGUCACUUUUCUUCUAUCCUUUUAUGAUUCUAUGUUUGAUCAAGAUGAAUCACAUAUUUGAGUAUUUCA